AGCUCAGAUUCCUCUCUCUACUUCACAAUGAUCGAUAGAUCAUGAACCCCUUUCCUUUCGGACGUUGCAGACGUGAAUGAUUCGAAGUGCAGAAUGCAGAUGGCAAACGCAGAAAUCUUGUUAGUGUCGUCCAUUCUUUUGUUUCUUUUUUGUGCGUGCUCAAGCCAGGCUACAUCAUCCGUCAACCUGUUUGUCGUACGGUUGAUUGUAUAUCUCGUCAAUGCCGGUCGAAAAGGAAGGGGAGAAAAGAGAGAGGCUGUAGAAGAGAGCUUAAGGGACGAGUGUAAGGUGAUAAAGGUAGAAAAAGGUUUGAUCGUGUCGCUCAAUCCGCAGAAUGCUUCGAAAAAGCAUGGAUGAAUGAAUCAAUCAAGGAAAAACCGGCUUUCAGCUCCCGCUCAUGAUGAGAAACCGAAAGAAAUCAAAGUAUACAUGAGUG